GACUUCUGUGAAAAGCUUCUAUUCAGCAUGUACAACUCAGUAAAUUUGACAUAACUUUUAUGUACUAUUUCUGAAUACAAAAAACUUCACAUAAAGUACUGCAACUUUCAGAAAAGUACUUGUGUAUAUUUAUUUAAAACAUGUGAAUUCUGGAUUUACUAGUGACAUACUGGUGACGCUCUUACUUCAUCUGGAUCACGCUGACAAGAGAGUCUAUAUGUGUGCAGCGCUCUGGUGGGUCGGUGAAGCCGCGUUUUGGCUUCGGAGCUCCCAGCGAGAGAUAAGCCGGCGCUGAGCAGCUUGUCGACACUGAAGUGAGAGCACUUCCCACAUUAAGUGGGAAGAAGAGAAAGUCUGACGCUGAUAAAGAAGAGAGGAUAACUUCAGGAGAGGAAGACUGUAGUGAUGGCCGAGGCACCUCAGCAGCAGGAGCAGCAGCAGCAGCAGCAGCAGCAGCAGCAAGAGGAAGAGCAGCCACCGACUGCUGUGGGUGCAACGGAACCCGAUGAAGUGUCUGAUGAACCGAAGGAGGAUGUCCAGACAACCCCGACCCGACCUCUGCUGUCCAUGAGGUCCAUGAGCAGUGUGGACCCGGACGAUGACUCGCCCAACAUGAUUGUCUACAGAAAGAUUGAAGACAUUGUCACUUGCAUCCAGCAUGAAACAGAGGGUGUGCCCAUCAGAACUGUCAAAAGUUUCAUGACUAAAAUCCCCAGUGUUGUCACAGGUGCAGAUAUUGUGCAGUGGCUGAUGAAGAACCUGUCCAUCGAAGAUCCAGCUGAGGCCAUGCACAUCGGGAGUCUAAUCGCAGCUCAGGGGUACUUCUUCCCCAUCUCAGACCACGUCCUCUCCCUCAAAGACGACGGCACCUUCUACCGCUUUCAGGCACCGUAUUUCUGGCCGUCCAACUGUUGGGAGCCGGAGAACACUGACUAUGCUAUUUACCUGUGCAAGCGGACCAUGCAGAAUAAGACAAGGCUGGAGCUGGCAGAUUAUGAGGCGGAGAACCUAGCCAGGCUGCAGAGAGCCUUUGCCAGAAAGUGGGAGUUCAUCUACAUGCAGGCUGAGGCCCAGGUCAAGAUCGACAGGAAAAAAGAUAAAACUGAGAGGAAGAUCCUCGACAGCCAGGAGAGAGCCUUCUGGGACGUCCAUAGACCUGUGCCUGGAUGUGUUAACACCACAGAGAUGGACAUCAGGAAAUGUAGACGCAUGAAGAAUCCUCAUAGAGUUAAGAAGUCAGUGUACGGUUUGGUGGAGGAGGGAACACAGUGUCAGAGUCCCAUACAUACUCCCUCGCACCACUGCAGCCGAAAAGGCACCAAGGAGGAUGUGGAGAAAGAGAUCUUAUUCCUGAACACCCAGCUAGAUCGUCACUGUAUGAAGAUGUCUAAAGUUGCUGAAAGUCUGAUAAGCUACAUCGAGCAGUUCAUGGAGUAUGACCCUUUUCUGACGGCACUAGAACCGUCCAACCCAUGGACCAGUGACGACCCCUCCCUCUGGGAUCUGGAGGCCAGUAAAGAGCCCAGUCAGCAGCGAGUGAAGAAGUGGGGUUUCUCUCUGGAGGAGGCCCUGAAGGACCCAGCAGGACAGGAGCUCUUCCUAAAGUUCCUGGAGUCAGAGUUUAGCUCAGAAAACCUGCGGUUUUGGCUGGCAGUGCAGGACCUGAAGAGGAUGCCGCAACAGGAAGUGGCACAGAGAGCGCAGGAUAUCUGGACAGAGUUUCUGGCCGAGGGAGCGCCCAGCUCUAUCAAUCUGGACUCUCACAGCUACGAACGCACGAGCCAGAACCUGAAAGACCCCGGACGAUACAGCUAUGAGGAUGCACAGGACCACAUCUACAAGCUGAUGAAAAGUGACAGCUAUACGCGCUUCCUGCGCUCCAACGUCUACCAGGACCUGCUGAUGGCACGGAAGAAACCUGAAACGGAGCAGGGGCGACGUACCUCCCUGGAGAAGUUCACUCGGAGUGUGGGCAAGUCACUGACGGGCAAACGGCUGACGGGCCUCAUGCAGUCGUCCUGACAAGGCCUGGAUUAAGAGUAGGAGGAACCAUACCCAGAAGAGCUGCUUACCCCUGGGGAGCAGGUGGAAAAGGACACUGGGUUGUUUGGGUGGGGCUGUGGGAGGCGGGUGAGGGCACCAAACAAGCCUAGACUGCUGGACUGGACUGGACUGGACUGGACCGCCACCACGUUUAAAACUCACCUCAGAUCAGUUCAAGAGGACCGACAGCAUGCAAUAAGUCACCAGACCUGACACCAGGACAGUGCUGUCGCAGCAUAGAGCAUAAACAAUGCUACUCUUCUUAGGAGGUUUCUACUCAAAAGCCUGCAACAUGCCAGGCUUUGCUGUUUCUCUCUACUAUCUACACUCAUGUUAAUAUGGUAGCUGCACCAGGCUAUCACUUUACUUUCAGUGAUAUAAACAAUGGAAUGCUUGAAUGCCUUGACUGAUGUCAAAACGAGACUUAGAUUAAUGCCGUAGCUAGCCGUUUAAUCUCACAUCACUCACUAGGAUGAUAUAAGGGAAAUAGGGAUAGAGGGAUUUACAGUAAACAUCCACACUCUUGAACUGAACAUUUGCUCACUAUUCACAAUGAUUGCAGUCAGACUGCCUACUUCUAAUGGUGGUAAAGGUGGAGUAGUACGCCAACUUUUUAGUAAAUGAGCUUUUAGAUCAACUUAUUGUGUGAUGACACAAGAUUAACCUCUGUAUGUUCAUUAUUGGUUUAGUUGGUUAGUGUGUUUACAUUUUAUGUACUAAUCGUAGAAGCUAAUGUCUGUUUUUUUUAUGCUCAUUACAGACUGAUUAAAACAACAAUUGGAAGCUUUUA